CCGCAGGACCCUCCGCGCAGCGCAGCGCCGCGCAGUGCCGGGCGCGGACCCCCGGGGGCGAUGCCGGCGGGGCUCUGCUGGCCCGCGGCGGUGCUGGCGCUGCUGGCGCUGCUCGUGGCCCUGUGCCGGCCCCUGUGGGCGCUGCGCUGGAGCCUGAGCGGGGACCGCGCCAGCGCCCUGCCGCUGCCCAGGGGCUCCAUGGGCUGGCCCUUCUUCGGGGAGACCCUGCACUGGCUGCUGCAGGGCUCCCGCUUCCACAGCUCCCGGCGGGAGCGAUACGGCAACGUCUUCAAGACCCACCUGCUGGGCCGCCCCGUGGUGCGGGUGACGGGCGCCGAGAACAUCCGCAAGAUCCUGCUGGGCGAGCACACGCUGGUCAGCGCGCAGUGGCCGCAGAGCGCCCAGAUCAUCCUGGGCUCCCACACCCUGCUCGGCUCCGUCGGCGACCUGCACCGCCAGCGCCGCAAGAUCCUGGCCAGAGUGUUCAGCCGCGCCGCCCUGGAGAGCUACCUCCCGCGGAUCCAGAAGGUUGUGAGCUGGGAGCUGCGGGGCUGGUGCAUGGAGCCGGGCUCCAUCGCAGUUUAUUCCUCCGCUAAAACCUUAACUUUCCGCAUUGCAGCUCGGAUUCUGCUGGGACUCCGUCUGGAGGAAAAGCAGUUCAAGGACCUGGCCAAAACCUUUGACCAGAUGGUGGAGAACCUCUUUUCCCUGCCCCUGAACAUACCCUUCAGCGGGCUGCGCAAGGGAAUCAAAGCACGGGACAUGCUACACGAGUACAUGGAGAAGGCUAUACAGGAAAAACUGCGGAAAAACAACUCGGAAGAUCACAGUGAUGCUCUGGAUUUCAUAAUAAACAGUGCCAAGGAGCACGGCAAAGAGUUCACGAUGCAGGAGCUAAAGGAGGCAGCGAUCGAGCUCAUCUUUGCCGCCUUCUUCACCACGGCGAGCGCCAGCACCUCCCUGAUCCUCCUGCUGCUCAAACACCCCUCGGCGAUUGAAAAAAUCAGGCAGGAGCUGGUGUCCCACGAGCUGCACCGGCGGUGCCAGUGCUGCCCCACGGCACCCUGCCCGGACGCCCCGGGGGGCGGCGAGCCCGGGGGCGGCCGCGUCCCGCAGCCCCCCGCCCCGAGCAGCCCCCGGCGCGAGGAGCCGGGCUGCGGCUGCCCGUCGGCCGUCAGCCUGGAGCGGCUGAGCCGCCUGCGCUACCUGGACUGCGUCGUCAAGGAGGUGCUGCGGCUGCUGCCCCCCGUGUCCGGAGGCUACAGGACGGCGCUGCGCACGUUCGAGCUGGACGGCUACCAGAUCCCCAAGGGCUGGAGCGUCAUGUACAGCAUCCGCGACACGCACGAGACGGCCGCCGUCUACCGGAGCCCCCCCGGCGGCUUCGACCCCGACCGCUUCGGCGCCGCCCGGCCCGAGGCCGCGGGCCGCUUCCACUACGUGCCCUUCGGCGGCGGCGCCCGCAGCUGCAUCGGCCAGGAGCUGGCGCGGGCCAUCCUCAAGCUGCUGGCCAUCGAGCUGGUCCGCACGGCCCGCUGGGAGCUGGCCACCCCCGCCUACCCCGCCAUGCGGACCGUGCCCAUCGUGCACCCCGUCGACGGGCUGCAGCUCUACUUUCGGCCCCGACGCAGCGAGGCCUGAGCCGGCGCCGCGCUGCCCCCGGCCCCGGGGCCCCUCGGCGGCUGCCCCGGUCGCCACCGAGCAAAACCCCAAGGGUCUUUUUUUUCCCCCUUUUUUUCUUCUUUUUCCCAUCCUUGUGCCCUCCCAGCCCCGCAGCGAGGGCUCCCCGCGCUCCUCUGCCCCGGCGUCGUCUCCUGGGGUACGACAGGAGCGGCAGGGAGAGCGUCCUGCCUCGCCGUGGCUUUUUAGAGAGGAAAAAAGAGGGAAAAUGGCGCAGGGAGGGGGCAUCUCUGCAGAACGACGCAACCGAAUCCGCCUAACCCAGCACCAGCUGUAGCUAGAGUAAUAGGGUAU